GUGGGCUUGGAGUUCACUGUUCACAAACUGUCUCGUUUGCAUAUCUCUACUUUUACGCAGUUAGAGCCGUCAGUAUCCCAGAAACCACAUGCUGUUGUGCCUUUCGAUAGAACAUACUGAUAUCGCACAAUGCGCCCCUACAAGCAAGGCGGUUUUGACAGUAAGUCCACGUCGCAUGGCCUCUUCCAUGUGGAUGUCAAGGACUACUCACUAAUCCCCAAAGAGGAGGACGACAUGUUCUACGCGAUCUAUCGCAGGGCUAAUACUUUGUUGCAGGCAGGAAGGACUUGGAUGGGGCGUUCGCGUUAUCCCAGUGCAGGAAACGCCUUUCAGAAGGCAAUAAACUCCUUGAAGAAUUGCAGGAUGAGCAGUUUCGAGCAGGAGUGCCAGCAAACCGAUCUGCUGAUCGCCCUCCUCGAGAACUUGAUGGUCUGCUUCAACAAAAUGAGGCGCUCUAGGUGCGUCUGCAAUGCCAUGAAGGACCUGCGCCUCCUGACCAGGAAUAAUCCCUCGUGGUGGGCGCUCUGCCAGGAGGGUCGUGCCUUGGAAGCCUUGGGCAAAUACCAUCGAGCCCGUGUGUCCUACAUAAGGGCGCUGAAGAAACGACCCGGGGAGCAGCGUAUCAAGGAGGAGAUUACCAGAAUCAGCAAGAGAAUCGGCGAUCUCGAGGAGACUAAGCAGAUGCUCUCCCAGCUGUCCAUUUAACGCGCUUGUUGCCUAGAACUGAAGUCCUAAAUCUGAAAGUCUACUGAAUUUAUCAUAAUUCUCGAUGUAAAGCCAUAAGCAAUCAGCAGAUAAUAUGUGAUAAACAGUAUAUAUAUCUCUAUACCAA